AUGAAACUACCCCGGCCUCCAUCAACCCAUUUCGUGAUUGCGUGUGUCGGCCGAGACGUUCAAGCUACUGCUCGAUCAAGCUAUCCAUCGCGCCAAACACCAUUCAUACAGCCGUUCAGCACGUCUCCCUCUCUCUCGCAAAAGAAUCGCAUCUUCUCCCCGUUCCGCACCCCGCCUCAAUUCCAUGAUGCCCUCCGCCUCAUAUCCGCCAACAACACGCUACUUUUGACACUCUUUACCACGUCAACAUGCACCCCGUGCCGCACGAUAACCCCCUUACUCACCUCGCUCGUCGAGACGCGCCCUCCCUCCCCGGAGGACAAGUACGCGCACCUCGCGUUUGCAGAGCUCGAGCUCGACUCGCCCGACAUGAGUAAUGGCAAGAUGCUCGACCUUGGGGUGGAAUACGGAGUCACCAGCAUGCCGACGCUGAUCGGAUUUGGUGGCAGAAGAGCGGAAAGAGUCACGGACCGGAUGGUCGACACGAGGAUGUUAAGCAAUGAAGGGGCUAUGGCGAGGUGGCUCGACGAGCAGAUGAAGAAGGGCGAUCCGUUCCCUGGUCAAGGGGGUGCUGGAGGGUUCUUGAGCAAGAUAUUCGGAUCGUGA